AUGAAGAUUUUUAAAACAUGCUUCGCUAAUUUAGCCCUUCUUUGGAGUUUUCUUGUAUCAAUAACAUUGGCAGAAAAAACGCUUCUCAGCUCGAAAUUUGGUGAACAAUGCAAUGGAAUUUAUUCCAAAUCCGAGUCUGGAGGCACUUUAAAUCCUGCUAUAUACAUCAAUUGGACGCAACCUUGGGAUGUGGAAAACGAAAUUGAAGUUUUGAUCUUCCGUUGGAAGGAUAUAAAGCAAAUAGGAAAAGCCAAAGAGAAUGGUGAGAGAGUGUAUCUUUGUGAUUAUGAUGCUGCUUAUACAGAUCAUCUCUGUGAACCUGAGCAAAUAGGCUUUUAUAUUUGGAAUGCUACUUCUGCAAAGACAGUUAAUUCACAAAUUGUUUCUUCCUACCCAACCAAUAUAGUGUACGAUAUAAAUCACUCUGGAUAUUACUGCAUUUGGACUCAUUCACUAAAGGACAAACAUUAUCAAGCCCUUGUUGACUGGCAAAAUGCUUAUGGUAAUCUACCUGCUUCUCAAUAUCCUCGCUUGCCUUUAUCUGGUGGAAUAACUAUCGCAUACAGUGUCAUUCUGGCUUUAUGGAUGUUUUUUCGUUUCCAAUAUAAAAACUCCAUAGUACCAGUUCAGCGUGCCUUACUCAUCGUUUUUGUUUUUUCAUGUAUCACUCAAGCGUUAACCUCUAUCAUUUUGGACACAAAGAACCUCCGAGAUAGAACAGGCUUCACCUGGAUUUCAGAAUUUAUAGUGUCUGUCAUAUUUUCCCUAGAAAAAGUGAUUGACUUUAUUUUGCUACUUAUAUUUUCUUGGGGAUAUACGAGCUAUUCUCCAAAAAUCACCGAGAGGUUAAUGAAACAGCAUAGUCUCCCGCUAGUGAUUUUGUUUCUUUCUCUAUUUUCCGUUAAAUUUUUUGGUAUUUCUAUUCAGUCCAUCCACCUUGGUUUAUGGUACGGAGUCUUUUUAACCAUUGCUGUGUCCUCGUCAUUAGUACUCUUGUAUCAAGUUUUAAUGGAUUUUCCUAGUACGCUACAGGCCAUGAUGGAAAGACAAUUCGUUUCACUACAUAUCAACUAUAAAGUAUUGCGCAUUUCCGCAGCUAUAACCAUGGUCCUGAAUACUGCUUUCUGUCUCGUUGCUUUUGCUUUUUGUGCCAGUACUAACCAUUCUUCAUCAUCUAAGAUUUGGAAGUUUCGAUGGUUUUUCAUGGAUGGCUGGAUGGAUGCUUUGCAUCUAAUAUUUUUAAGUUUGUUAGCAUUUUUAUGGAGGCCUUCUCCGAAAAACCUUGAACUCGACCCUCAUGGAUUAAAUUACCCUGACUUUGAUCCGCGCCUUGAGGAGGAACUGCAUUUGAUACAAGAAGACAUAAACCUUACAUAA